AUGUUCUUUACACUUCUCGAUUUCCUGAUAGUUAACCCCUCACUCACUUUCACCCUCCUCGACGUCAAACUUUACGCCUUCAACGUCUCAACCACCACCUCCACCCUCACCUCCAACCUACAAAUCAACAUCUCCUGCAAGAACACUCGUUACUUGAACGGUUUCCACUUCGACAACAUUAAUGUUUACGCCUGUUACAAAAGCGAACAGAUCACACUACCCACAAUGCUUCCUCCUGCGUACCUAGAGAAUCAAAAUUAUAACAUCACGGCUAGGAAAAUGUACCAUGACCCACCCGUCAUCACGGUUUGGUCUCCGUACAUUAACGGAACUGAAGUCCCCGUGAGUCCCUAUCUUGCGGCGUCUUUGGUCGAAGAUGAGACCGCUGGGAACGUGUCGAUUAGUGUUAAAGUUACAGGACGAUUGACAUCGGAACUUGGAUCGCUUUCACGUCGAUUUCGGUUGAAGGUAAGCUGUCCCGCGUAUAUUAUGUUUGGUAACGUCGUUGGUUCGGCUGUUAAACGUCCGUUUGCUGAAAAGUGUCAUGUUGAAGUUUAA